AUGGACGAAGCAUCUAGUCGACAGUCUGACGAAAAGCAACCAUGGUAUCGAAAUUCUUGGGUCGUUGCGUACUGGGAAAUCGAAGAUUAUGCCAUGGACAUCUAUGAGGACGCACUCAAGCCGCUCGCAGUCCUCAUGGCGGUCACUCUCUGCUGGGGACUCUUCGUCUGUCUCGGCUCUGGGAUUGUAGUCCUGGGUCAUGUCCUUCUUCGCACGCUCAUCUUCCAUCACGAGCAGCUGACGGGGCUCAACAACGCUCAACUCCUCUACACUUUUAGAUUGUCAAUUCUUGGUGGACUCUUCGCCUCGUUCAUCUGCAUCCCACUCCUUGAGUUGACUUCACGACGGAAACUCGGUUUCUUCCGGUUUUCUCUGGCCUAUAUUAGUACGGCUUUCGUCUUGAGCGCAUACGUAGAUUCCGCUCUUUACCUAAAACCUGUCGGCGCCCUCGCCGCAGGCGCUAUGGGCGGAGUCGUCUGCAGCCCAUUACUCACCGCCAUCGUCCUGAUCUCGCGUCGAUCCGAGCCUCGCCCAUAA